AUGCCGGCCGAAAGGCGUUCUUUGCGAUCAAACAACAAAUCCGACACCUCUUCAUCUGCUAACGGUGAAAAGGCUCGCUCGAACUCCCAGAGCUCGAGUGCGAAAGACAAGGCCGCGCCUACUACCCGCGCAGCCGCUAACAAGGCCAAGUCAGCUCCAGCCAAGAAAGACGCAAAGGGCGCAUCGAACGGUGACAUGGGGGACAAAGACUCGCAUGCGAACGGAUCGAAGUCAACCGAGAAUGGCGUGAAUGGUUCUGAAGAUGUUGAGAUGGGAGAGGAUACGGCAGGUGCGCCUACAUCCGCAUUCAACGCCAACAAGGACCGCAAAGGUGACGAGAAGAUGACCGUAGUAGUGCCCCCGACCAAGGGUUUCAAAUCCGGCAAGGACAAGGAGGAGGACGUGGCGAUGGAGGGAACAGAGGAUGAUGCUGAGAAGGAGCCUGAGGUCGACCCAACGACCAAGGCCAUUCAAGACAUCAAGACCAACUUCACUUUGCUCGAGCGAGCCGUUGCCCAUUUCGACCCCAGAUUUACCCUCCGUGUCCUGCGGUCCAUAUCCUCGAUGCGGAAACAUAUCACGCCCGAGGUCCUCGCCGAAGUUAUUGUCGACACUUACUCCGCUUCCAACUCGACAGCUUCGUUCUUGUUGGAGGUUCUCGGUAAAUCCGAUGCUUUCGAGAAUGCCCCGGCUAGCUCGCAGAUGGAGGUGGAUUCAGAGAAGACCAAGGCAGCACCCAAGGAGACUCUUGCUGAGGUGGACGCCUACCUAUCUAUCUUGGUUCAGAUCUACCUCUUCGACAAGCGGGACAUCCAGAAGGGUGCUCAAUUCUCAACAGACUUGAUUGAGCGCCUGCGUGCACUUAACCGCCGUACGCUGGAUUCUCUCGCUGCCCGCGUGUACUUCUACUACUCCCUCUUCUACGAACAAAUUGCUCCGCUCCCUCCUUCCCCAGCAGCGGCUGUUACCACUAUCCGUCAACCAUUGUUGGCUGCUUUGCGUACAGCUGUGCUCCGGAAAGACGUCGACACACAGGCCACUGUGAUGACACUUUUGCUUCGCAACUACCUGUCCACGUCUCACAUCUCACAGGCAGAUCUUCUGAUCUCCCACAACCCAUUCCCCGUCGCUGCUUCCAACAACCAGAUUGCUCGGUACCUGUAUUACCUUGGCCGCAUUCGUGCCAUCCAAUUGCAAUAUACAGAGGCCCACAGUCAUCUGAUUGGCGCUACCCGCAAGUCGCCUGCCAGCCCCGUUGCCCGCGGUUUCUACCAGGCCUCUCACAAGCUGUUGGUAGUCGUUGAGCUGUUGAUGGGUGAUAUUCCAGACCGUGCCGUCUUCCGCCAACCGGCUUUGGAACAGGCCAUGCAUCCUUACCUGUUGCUUUCCCAAGCAGUCGGUGCAGGUGACCUCGAUGGAUUCUUGAACAUUGUCAACACUCACAGCGAGACUUUCCGCAAGGAUGGCACAUACACCCUGGUUUUGCGCCUCCGACAGAAUGUCAUCAAGACCGGUAUUCGUAUGAUGUCACUGUCUUACUCCCGUAUCUCUCUGCGGGACAUUUGUCUCCGCCUCGGACUUGACAGCGAAGAAUCUGCCGAGUACAUUGUCGCGAAGGCUAUCCGAGACGGUGUCAUUGAGGCCACGCUUGACCACGAGCAUGGAUUCAUGAAGAGCAAGGAGGUUGGUGAUAUCUACGCCACUAGAGAGCCAGGUGAGGCGUUCCACGAGCGUAUUCGUGCUUGUCUCGCUCUUCACGAUGAGAGUGUCAAGGCUAUGCGUUUCCCUAUGAACCAGCACCGUCUGGAACUCAAGAGUGCCCAAGAAGCUCGCGAGCGGGAGCGGGAACUUGCCAAGGAGAUCCAGGAGGGUGACAUGGACGAUGAAGAUGCCGGCGGCGAUUUUGAUGCCAUGUAA